AUGCACGCCCAUGGGAAAGUUUCUCAGAAGCCUUAUCAAUUACAUAGACUAGAAACUGGUCCAUCAACUAAAUCUACUCUCACGAGGAAGGAUGCCCUUAGUUACUUUAAGACCAUGACAGGAAUGAGAGAGAUAGGACAUGCAGCAAAGAAACUAUUUGAACAAAACUAUAUUCGGGGAUUUCUGCAUCUAUGUCGAGGAAUGGAAGCUGUGCGAACUGGAGUGGAAGCAGCCAUAACAACAGAGGACAUAUUAGUGGGCACAUACCGUGUUCAUGGCUGGGCCUAUGCUAGAGGGAUACCAGUCGAGGAGAUUCUGGCAGAAUUUUUGGGGAAAUCAACUGGUUGUUGUAAGGGUAAAGGUGGCGCCAUGCAUCUUUACUCGAGAAACAUGCUUGGUGGCAGCGGAAUAAUAGGAGCCACGGUGCCUCUUGGAACCGGUGUUGGCUUUGCAAUGAAAUAUAAAAAUAAGUCCAAUGUGUCUAUAUCUGUCUAUGGUGAAGGUUCAGCCAAUCAAGGCCAGAUAUUUGAAGCCUUUAACAUGGCAAAACUUUGGAAUCUUCCUUGCAUCUACCUUUGUGACAAUAAUGUAUACAGUAUUUCAACAAAAGCAGAGAGAGUGUCAGCCAUCACUGAAUUUUAUACAAGAGGAGACUACAUCCCCGGACUGAGGGUUGAUGGAAUGGACAUCCUGGCUGUCCGAGAAGCCUUUGUUUUUGCCAAAAAUUACGCCCUAGAAAAUGGUCCAAUUCUAGUGGAGACAAUGUCAUACAGAUACGGUGGACAUAGUGCAAAAGACAAAGGCCUUGGGUACAGAACAAAAGACGAAAUUGAUUUAAUAAGGCAAAGAAAGGACCCCAUUGAAACUUUUAAAGAGAAGAUAUUGAACGCAAACAUGACAGACGAAACCGAAUUAAAGCAUAUAGUUAAAGCAGUCCUAGAAGAGGUUCAAACUGCUGUAGAGAAUGUCAAGGGGAAUGAGGAACUCCCUCUCUCCUCUCUUUAUGAGGAUGUCUACCAGACCGUUAAAUUUAUAAAAUAA